GAUACAGGGGACUCAGGGACUUUCUUUUCCCCACUAUCCGACUGAAGGCAACUGCAUUAAAGCAAUCACCCUGAAAUUAGAACAAGUGCAGCAUUUUCUAACCUUUAAGAUGAGUUGCCCAAUGAAUGGCAUUCAUAACAAUAUCCUACAUGAUGAAGGGACUUUCAUGUUCACUUCAGAGUCAGUGGGCGAGGGGCAUCCUGACAAAAUCUGUGACCAGAUCAGUGAUGCCGUGCUCGAUGCCCACUUGCAGCAGGACCCCGACGCCAAGGUGGCGUGUGAGACGGUCUGCAAGACUGGAAUGGUGCUGUUAUGUGGUGAGAUCACCUCUCGAGCGAUAGUUGAUUACCAGAGAGUGGUGAGGAACACAAUCCAGUACAUCGGAUACGAUAAUUGUUCUAAAGGUUUUGACUACAAGACAUGCAACGUGCUGGUUGCAUUGGAGCAGCAGUCUCCGGAUAUUGCACAGGGAGUCCAUCUAGACAGACACGAGGAAAACAUUGGUGCUGGAGACCAGGGCCUGAUGUUUGGUUAUGCCACGGACGAGACGGAAGAGUGCAUGCCGCUGACGAUUAUACUCGCACACCAGCUCAAUGCUCGCAUGGCCGAGCUGCGGCGUAACAGCGGGCUCCCCUGGCUUCGGCCUGACUCCAAAACCCAGGUGACGGUGCAGUACAGCCAGGAGAACGGGAUGGUCGUCCCUACCCGCGUGCACACCAUCGUCAUCUCUGUACAGCACGACGAAGACAUCGGGCUGGAGGAAAUGCGCAAUGCCCUAAAGGAGAAAGUUGUUGAUUUUGUGGUGCCCAGCAAGUACCUGGAUGAUGACACCAUCUAUCACCUCCAGCCCAGUGGGCGGUUCGUGAUCGGAGGACCACAGGGUGAUGCUGGAGUCACUGGCCGGAAGAUCAUUGUGGACACAUAUGGGGGAUGGGGAGCUCACGGCGGUGGAGCCUUCUCAGGCAAGGACUACACGAAGGUUGAUCGAUCAGCUGCUUAUGCAGCUCGUUGGGUAGCCAAGUCCCUGGUGAAAGCUGGCCUGUGCAAACGUGUCCUGGUGCAGGUUUCCUACGCCAUUGGUGUUGCUGAGCCACUUUCCAUCUCCAUCUUUUCCUAUGGAACUUCUCGGAUGGGGGACAAAGCUCUGAUGGAGGUUGUGAUGAAGAACUUUGACCUUCGACCCGGUGUGAUUGUCAGGGACCUAAACUUGAAGCAACCAAUCUACCAAAAAACUGCCUGCUAUGGACAUUUUGGCAGGAAUGAAUUCCCCUGGGAAGUGGCCAAGAAGCUGAUCUACUAACUGCACCGACCUACUGAUGCUUACACCAACCAACGAAUGCACGAGGGGCUCCUUGCCCUGGGAUUCCAUUUCAAACUAGUUACAUGAGCUAGGUCCAGAUUCUUCACUACAGAUGGGACCAACCACAGAAACAUAUUACAUUAGUAGGAAGUUGUAAGUAGGUUCACAGUGAAAAGCAUUGCUUCUCCUUCCCUGGGAGCCUCCAUCCAAAGUCUGGCACUUGAUUCAUGUCUUGGCAGUGGAGAUAAAAUAUUUUCAUUUAAAGGAAUUACAUCUUCUACUGUAAUGGAGGAAGCUCUCAGCCGAAUGACAAGAUUUGCUUGAUUUUUAUUUGUUCCCAAAUCAUGCUUACUGUCUUGGUAACAAAGACCACUGCAAACUGGGCCACAAAAGAGCAAAAUAUAGGGUAUUAAUUGUCUGCUUAGAUUGCCUGAACCAUUGUGGUGAAGAGCAGUUCAGUCAGUUUGUUUUCUCUGUUCUGUUCUCCUACCUCCUCUACUUCAAAGGGGAUAAUUUGCAUUCUACAUGACAUGAGUGCACACUGAAAAAUAAGUCAAUGAUGCAAGGUGUACCUGCUUCACUUAAUACAAGUAAUUUUAUUUCAACAAAAUAUAAUCUGAUAUAAAGCUUAACAAUGAAUGGUUCAGUCCCUGAAUCCAAAUGGGUUCUGACAUAACACCCCACUUUGCUCUUAUGAGGAAAGAGCAGAUUAAGGGGAGGCUGUUGUUCAGUGAUCUGGUGCUAGUCUUAUCUCCAAAUCAUUCCAGUGAUUUCAACACAAAAAUAUAAAUGCCUCUGCAUAAUGGAGGAGUCUCAUACAGCCAGAGACGAGGGCUACAUGGCUACAGGUAUUUCUUUCGUAUGAGAUGCUGAUAUGAAGUCUGCUCACAGGUGAAUUCCAAAGGCAUAUUGGCCCUUGGCCAGUACGUAUUCCUCAAUCAAAGCCCUACAAGUAGUUUAUCUGGUCUUAAACACUUUGUCAUAUAUGGGAGCUUGCUGUGCUGUGUGCUGUGGAUUCUUUCCAAUACUAUGAUAACUACAUUUCAAAAGUAUUUAUUUGGCUUUAAAGCACUUUUGGAUGUUCUACAGAUAUGAUAGGUGCUAUAUAAAUGCAACUUCUUUCAUGGUAGACCUAGUAUACACCAAAAAAAAACCUGAAUCUUAUAAUUUUUUUACCUCCUAUUGUUUUUUCCAAUCUUUCCUUGAGUCAUGGUCAUAGAAAAGUACAGCACCGGAAGGAACAGGCCCUCUGGCCCAUCUAGUCCAUGCCAAACCAUUUAAACUACCUACUCCCAUCAACCUGCAUAGGGACCAUAGCUCUCCAUACAUCUACCAUCCGUGUACUUCUCUUAAGUGUUGAAAUCAAGCUUUCAUCCACCACUUGUGCUGCCAGCUCAUUGCACACACUCACAGCCCUCCAAGUGAAGAAGUUUCCCUUCAUGUUCCCCUUUCACCCUUAAUCCAUGACCUCUGGUUGUAGUCCUACCAAACCUCAGUAGAAAAGCCUGCUUGCAUUUAUCCAAUCUGAGCCCCUUAUAAUUUUGUAUACCACUAUCAAAUCCUCAUAUCAAUCUUCUACAUUCUAAGGAUAAAGUCCUAACCUCUUCAGUCUUUCCUUAUAACACAGGACCUUCAUACCCAACAACAUCCUUGUAAAUUUUCUCUGUACUCUUUCAAUCUUAUUUACAUCUUUCCUGUAGGUAGGUGACCAGAACUGUGCACAGUACUCCAAAUUAGGCCUCACCAAUGUUUUAUACAACUUCAACAUAACAUCCCAUCCCCUGUACGCAAUAAUUUGAUUUAUGAAGGCUAAUAUGCCAAAAGCUUUCACCCUAUCUAUCCACCUAUAAUGGAUUAUGGACCUUUGUUCUACCACACUCCCCAAUGCCCUACCGUUCACUGUGUAAGACCUAUCCUGGUUGGUAUGACCAAAGUGCAACACCUCGCACUUGUCUGCAUUAAGUUUCAAUGGCGAUUUUUCAGCCCAUUUUUCCAGCUGGUCUAGAUCCCACUGCAAGUCUUGAUAGAUAGUCUUCCUUGCACCCCCAAUCUUAGUGCCAUCUGCAAAUUUGGUGAUCUAGUUAACCACACUAUCAUCCAGAUCAUUGACAUAGAUGACAAACAGCAAAUGACCCAGCACUGACCUCUACAGCACUCCACUAGUCACAAGCCGCCAGUCAGAGAGGCAACCAUCUACUACCACUCUCUGGCUUCUCGCACAAAGCCAAUGUCUAAUCCAAUUUGCUACUUCAUCUUGAAUGCUGAGCGAUUGAACCUUCUUGACCAACCUCCCACCUGGGGCCUUGUCAAAUGCCUUGCUAAAGUCCAAGAAGACAACAUCCACUGCAUUGCCUUCAUCCACCUUCUGGUAACUUCCUUGAAAAACUUUUUUUUCAAAAAGUGAAAAAGGAAGAUUGGUUAGAGAUGACCUAUCACACACGAAGCCAUACUGACUAUCCUCAAUCAGUCCAUGUCUAUCCAAAUACUUAGAUAUCCAGUUCCUUCAAUAUCUUCCCAUAACUUCCCCACUACUGAUAUCAGGCUCACCAGUCUGCAAAAUCCUGUUUUAUUUUCAAAGCCUUUCUUGAACAGCAGAACAACUUUGGCUAUCUUCCAAUAAUCUGGUACCUCACCUGUCACCAAGGAUGGUUUUAAUUUCUCUGAAAGGGCCCAGGCAAUUUCUGUACUUCCCUCCUGCAUGGUCUGAGGGAACAUUUUGACAGGACCAAGGGAUUUAUCCACUCUAAUUUGCCUCAAGACAGCAAACACCUCUUCCUCUGUAAUCUGUAUAGGGUCCAUGAAGUUGUUGCCACUUUGCCUCAUUUCUAUAGAUUCUCCUGUGUGCAUCUCCUGAGUAAAGAUCUCCCCCAUCUCUAGUGGCUCCACUAUGCACCUCUUUUUUUUCUUAACCAGGGCUUCAAUAUCUCUUAAAAACCAUGGUUUCAUUCUUCUAUUAUCUUUACCUUUUAUUCUAAUAGGCAUAUACAAGCUUUGUACUCUCCAAAUUUCACAUUUGAAGUCCUCCCUUUUACCAAGUUCACCUUCGCCAGAAAACAGCCUGUCCCAAUCGACCUUGCCAGAUCCUUUCUGAUACCAUCAAAAUAGACCUUUCUCUAAUUUAGAGUCUUAACCCAAGGACUAGACCUACGUUUUUGCAUAUUUACUUUUAAACUAAUGACAUUGUGAUCACUAGGUGAAAAGUGUUCCCCUACGCAAACUUCUGUCAGCUGCCCGGUCUUAUAUUCUAAUUGCCCACUGAUUAAGGAAGCUUUCUUGAACACAUUUGACGAGCUCUAUCCCAUCUAGUCAUUUUACAGUAUGGGAGCCCCAAUCAAUAUGUGGAAAGUUAAGUCACCUCCUAUAACAAAUUUAUGUUUCUUGCGACAAUCUGUGAUCUCUCUGCAAAUGUGUUCCUUUAAAUUCCUUUGACCGUUGGGUGGUCUGUAACAUAACCCAUUAACGUGGUUAUACCUUUCUUAUUACUCUUUUGCACCCAUAGUACCUCGCUACACAAGUUCUACAGUCUGUCCUGACUGAGCACUGCUAGUAAUGCCACCCCUCCUCCUUUAAUCCCUCUUGCCCAUUCACGUAUAAAACAACAGAACCCCAGAAUAUUGACCUGCCAUUCCUGCCCCUCCUGCAACCAAGACUCACUAAUGGCUACAAUAUCAUAAUUCCAGGAGUUGAUCCAUGCAUUGAGCUCAUCUGCCUUUGCUGCUCCUUUUCUUUAUAUUUCUUGUUGUUGUUGCUGAGUCACCAUCAAUUCAUGGAUAGCAACCAUAUGGAUAUUGUAGUUGUCAAAAGGGUUUUUGUGGCAAGUUACAGAAGCAGAUCUUCCAUGCAGAUACUGCUGCUGCCCAGGUUGGGACCUGGCCGGAUUCAAACUCAGGACCACGUGCCUCGCAGUCAAGUGCUGAUGCCGCUACACCACUGGCCGGCCCAAAUUUAUAUUUCGUCUUCUCAAUAUAAUUACUCUCCUUUGACAUCAGUCCUUGUUUCCCCCGUUUCCAUUCAGGAGGACUUGUUCCUCACUUUUAUUGUCUCCAACAUGAUUUACUUUUUAUUGUUUGUCAACCUAAUGAAGAGGAAGGUUCGGACUGCAGGUGUGCCCAAGUCAACUUUUAGCUUAAUCCAGACACUGAUGAGGUUUAAAGGCACAUCAGGAUUAACAUUAAAAAUCCGGAAGAUAAUGUACAGCGGAUUCCAGUUAAAUGGGACUCAUUGGGACCAGUAUGUUUUGGUCCAAGUAAGCGGCUUCCCCAAUUAGCAGAAGUUUCAUGGUAUAAAAUAAACAAUCUGAGUAACAAAUUAUGUAUUUAAAUGAAAUACAGAAGAAAUUAGAACACUACCAAUACUACUCAGUACUAUAAAACUUUUUAUUAGUUCUUAAUACUUAGCAACAGAAGAAUUCAUUCAUGUUCUUUUGACUGUAAAUGAACAAAAUCAGCACAGACACCUAGUGCAGAUAAUGGACUGCCUUCAUACAAUGCUCUCAAUAAUUGCAUCCUCCAAAUCUUCACUUUCAUUGCAACAUUCAAGACGAUUAUCGAUACCUUCAGAUUCUCCGUAGUUUCUAACUUGUCGAAGUAGUGAAAUUGUUUCAUUUUUACUUUCCCGGCAUUUUCUCACAUCUCCAACACUGAAUGCUUGAUACCACAGUGAACAAAACAGUUCAACAUUGUCUUACUGCUUACUUCUUACCAACUAUCAGUGUAAAAAAAUCCUGCUUUUUGACCACAAACAUACACAACUGAUGCUAUUUAAAAACUGUUUGCUCAAAGCAUGGUGUUAUGCCUAAUGGCCACGCAAGGUUAGAAACUCUUCGCAACAGUCUCCUGCCCCAAUUAUGCGGCAUAGUGUCCCAAAUAAGCAAGGGAAAUCCCAACUCAUUGUUCCAGGAGAAGCCAAUCAGAUUCUCCUUCUCACCAUUCCUCGGAAACAACAGGAGCCAACCUGGGCAGGAUUUAUCUGUAGCCCAGGGCAGAAAACGCACACAAAGCUAGGCAAUAGAAGAUCUUGGAAAGCAAAGUUAAGAUGGGGCUUUGGAGCACAGACCUGAUUCUGAUUCACGGCACAAAGAGAGUCAUAUAUUCAGCAUCACUUUCAUGACAGUGAAUCUCAUCUGCUGAGUGAACACGCCAUCAGGUAUUUCACCGUGCAUGGCAAAAGCUGAAGAAGUCUCCCAACAGGCAAGGCCUUCCUCCUGGGUUGGAUCUAAAACAGCACUGAAGAUAUCCUUAUCCUGCUGGCCCAAGAGGCGAACAUCAUCAUGCCCGCAGAUGGAGCCAAGAGACACAGGGAGACACUCAGGUGAUCAAUAAUGAUCGUGGUUAAAGAGUGGCAGCUUCACUACAGGGAGGAAUUUUGGACAAACCCAUGGAGUAUAUAACACCCAUGCUGCACCAGUCAAUGUUCCUAUAGUUACCAUCCACAUUUAGAUUUAAAUUUAAUCUAAAACUAAUUAUUUUGAGCUGUCUCCAGAAUGUUUGAUCUUUGUUUAAAUGGAAGAGGUUAACAUCUUCAUCCCAACUUCCUUUCAGAAGUAGGUCCAAUGCAGUGGAAUUUCCAGCAAUAAUGACAUCAACAAGACUUAAGAUGAACAAGUGUUCCUGCCCGACCCCUAAAUUCCAUUAUAUUAAUCUGUACUUCCUGUCCAACAACUUUGCUGCCUCUGUUCCUAUCCCACCUACCAUUGCUGGAAUUUUUACCAUCUUGGUUAAUCCACUGACAAAACUCACUCCUCCUCCAUAUAUUUUUUCAGUUGAAAAAGAUUCAAUCCCACUCCAGUCUGUGUGUCCAUUAUUCUAGUUCUCACUGUCUUCCACCAAUUCGCAAUUCUCCAAAGCUGGCAAGAUAAUAUUUUCCUUCAUUCUGUACAUUUAGUUCAUUCCAUAACCAUUUCUCUUGACUUGGUAACUACCUGAAGGGUCUAAAGCCUCCCCUUUCCCUAUCUCUGACUUCCACAAACUAGCCAGCCUUCUCCUUUACUCCCGUUCCUUUCUGUCCCCUUUGCCCCACUCUCUUUAAUUGCUUUUGUCAACUCAUCUGCCUCUCCACCCUGGUCAACAUUUGAAUAUCAAGGAUAACCAUUUCCUCUUGGGAAUCACAUAUCCUUCAUGCUUCUGAGAAGUAUCUUUAAGCUAAAGGCAUCAUGCCAAAUAUAAGCAAUAACCCUGUAAUAGGAGAUGAUCCCAUCUCACAGGAGGUUAGCCUGGAGUCAAUUUAACUCACUUGUGCUGAGUUGAAUAACUUAAAGUUAGUGUAUCAGUUGACUAAUAAAAUUAUUCAGACUAUUUAGUGAAGUUAUUUAAAAGACACACUAUAUGUACAAAUGAUGAACAAGACAGUGCUGUGUGAGAGAGACUGGGAGACAUAACAAGAUAAUAACUGAAAGUCAUUCAGAUGAACAAUCCUUCCUUGCCAACAAAGAUGCCCAUUGAAGCUGAUCUUAUUUGUUUGGUCUGGGUACCAUCUUCAGAUGUCAAUGAUAAAUAUUGUUCAGUCCAGGUUGAUCUAUGGCAUCAUCGGCAAGACUCCAAAGACAAAACAUUCUGAUUUUUCAAAGUUUGGAAACUUUAACCACAACCGUAAAAUCAGUAAUGCAAACUUUUGGAGCUUGCAAGCAUUCCUAACAGUCUCUACCCUGUCUCGUAUCAGAUAAUUUUAGAAACUGUUUUGUUGGGAAUAAGGCAAAAAGGCUGGUUGAUGGCAUUCAUUAUGAGGAGUGGGUUGCUUUACACAAGGACACACUGCCCGCUACCCAGUCUAUGAAACGGCCAGAUCUAUACAACGAGAAAUAAAGUUGGCAUUCAGGUCAAAGGCCCUUCAUCAGAACUGGGAAGAAGACUAAAGCUGCAGGGAGGGUGUCUCUGAUAGGGUAAAACCAGGGUAACCAUGCGGAAAAUGUAUGAACGAGGUUAUACGGCCAAUGAGUGAUAGGAGCAGUUGGAGCAUAGAUCAAUGUAACCAUUGCAAAAUGUAGAGCAGGAAAACAUGCAUGGCUGGUCAGGCUAUGUGUGUCUUCCAUAACCAGAGAGAAAAGCAAAAAAGAAGGUUCAAUUGAUGAAACUUUGUGUGGUUUCCGGCUCUGUAUUUUGAGUUAAGCAAUAAAUUUAUUCAAGAGUCGAUAUUUUAGGCCAAAACCCUUCAUCAGGGCUGGAAAGAAAGGGGGAAGAAGGCAGUGUAAGAGUUAGAGGAAGAAGGAGUACAAGCUAGAAGGUGAUAGGUGAAGACAUGUGAAGGGGAAGGUAGGUAGGUAGAGGAGCAGUUGAAGUGAGAAGUUGGGAGGUGAUAGGUAGAAAAGAUAAAGGCCUAAAAAAGAAGGAAUCUGAUAAAAGAGAAUAGUGGACUAUAGGAAAAAGGGAAAGAGGAGGGACACCAGAGAUCAUGACAGGCAAGUAAGAAGUGAAAGGGUGAGAGGGAAACUAGACUGGGGAAUGGAAGAAGAGAGAAGGUGGAGGUGGGAGUAAUUAUCAGAAGUUAGAAUAAUUGAUGUUCACGUCAUCAGGGUAGAGGCUACCCAGACAGAAUAUGAGGUGUUGCUCCUCCAACCUGAGAGUGGCCCCAUCUUGACAAAGAGGAGACCAUGGCCCGACAUGUCAGCAUGGAAAUGGUGACUGGGUUUUAAAUGAUUGGCCACCGGGAGAUCCUGCUUGUUGCAAACAGAGCGAAGGUGCUCAACAAAGCCAUCCCUCAAUCUACGUCAGGUCUCACCAGUAUAGUGGAAGCCAUUCAGGGAGCACUAGAUACAGUUUAGAGCCCUGAAUGGUGGUGAGGGAAGAGGUGAGUGGGCUGCUGUCUGCUUGCAAGGAUAAGUGCCAGGAGGGAGAUCAGUGGGGAGAGAUGAAUGGUCAAGGGAAUCAUGGAGGGAAUGAUCUCUGUGGAAAGUAGAGAGUGGGGCAGUGGUAAGGAAGUGUUUAAUGGUAGUAUCUCACAGAAGAUGGCAGAAAUUGUGGAGAAUGCUGUGCUGAAAUCAAAGGUUCAUGGAGUGGUAAAUAAGGAUCAAAGGAAUGGAGGCGGAUACGAUAGGGUCUUUUAAGAGACUCCUGGAACAUGGAACUUAAAAAACAGAGGGCUAUGGGUAACCCAAGGUAAUUUCUAAAGUAAGUACAUGUUCGGCACAGCAUUGUGGGCCAAAGAGCCUAUAUUGUGCUGUAGGUUUUCUAUGUUUCUAUGAACUCUAUCCCUGUAAAGGGAAGAAGAAGAUGUAGCAACUGAGAAAAGGUGAUGGCAUUUUUACAAGUGACAGGGUGGGUAGAAGUAUAGUCAAGAUAGCCGUGGGAGUCAGUAGACUUACAAAAGAUAUCAGUUGACAGUCUGUCUCUAGAGAUGGAAACAGAGAGAUUGAGAAAGAAGAGAGAGGUGUCAGAAAUUGACUAAGUAAGUUUGAGGUGUUACAUACCUCAUGGGUAUCUUGUGACUGUCUUAUGACCAUGAUGUAAUUGAGUAUCUUGUGAGCAUGAUGUAAUGGUCUUGUGAUGAUGGGGUGAUGUAAUUUUCCCAACAGUGUGAGGACACAUGAUGACAUGUUCUUGACAGGUAUAUAACAGGAAAACCCUGUUGUUACGCAGUCGUUUCGUUGUUUAAUUCGUCAGUUACUCCGUUAUGCUGCGUAUUCGUCUCAUGACGGAGUUUCAUUUUAAAGUGGAAUUUUACUUUCUAUUGUAAGUCGCGUAUUGGAGAGUGACCUUACUAAAGUACAGGAACCUGAAGGAUUGAGUAAAGUUGGUGUCAUUCGGCGGUUUCAUAAAGGAUCGAUCUUAUUGAAUCUUCAUUCAGAAAUAGUGACCUGCAUCUGAGAUAAGCCCUGUAAUAUCAGGAAGGUUUGUGCAGUGUUCAUUCACCAGGAAAAGGUCAGUUCCUUUAAGCCGUUUUAUUUCCUUUGUUGUGAAUCCUUUGGACAGAAUCAGCAGUAACAUCAUGUCUUUGAAGAAAUCCAUUUUCCGAGAAGUCUCUCCUAAAUGACUGUAAAUCUCUUGGACUUUUGAAUUUACCAUUUUAAGACUGUGUUCGAAUUUACCACUUUAAGAACUGUUCCAGAGUUGCCGUAUAGCAGUUAACUUCUGGUUAAGUUGGUCGUUUGAAUACUUUUCACUGUUGUUGAGCAGAGUUUAAUAAAUGUUUAU